AUGAACUCUCCUCCAAAGGCAAGGCAAUGGAAGUCAGCUAUAAAUGAUUUUCGCAGUGCACUGAAACAGCCGUGGCGCCUUGACACGACCAACGACAGCCCGGUCUCCGGAGAUGAAAAGCGGUUGUUACCAUCUUCUGAAAGGUUAUCGCCUCCAGAGCUACCACCGUCUUUUUCCGCCAGUGAUUUGGAUAAGACACCUGAUAUAUUCACCUUUAGAAAUCUUCAAGACAUACAACACAUUGAAGAGAAGGCACAAGAAGCUAUGCUUGUUUUGAAGUUGAACACAGAUGUUCUUGAGCAGCUGAGGCUGCAGUAUGACGAACUCACAAAGCAUGGAGAAUUUCCUCAAGAAAUUCGUGACGACUGCAGAGCCAGCCUUCAUCACUUUUCUAAAGCCGUAACUGGGGUCAAAAAAGAUCUACGCAUGCUGCAGUCGCGGACGGAGACACUAUUGCACCUCUUGGCCAACCGAAAGUCUUUGGUAAGCGGUAUAUUGCAACAUCGAAGCUCUAAAGCGAGUGAAUUCUACGCAAAAGAGUCUCGAGAAUGCGCAGCUCGCAUGGAGACAAUGACUCUGAAGAUGCAAGACCUUGCCAUGAAGACGAAGCAAGAGACAGUUUCAAUGAGAGUGAUCACCACUGUAACUCUUUUCUUCCUUCCAGCAACCUUCAUCGCUACUUUCAUGAGCACCGACAUCCUCAAAUUCCAAAAUGGCGAACAAGAACUACAAAUACAGGGUCUGAAGCUAUAUUUGAAGGUUGCCCUGCCUGCGACAGCAAUGACCUUCGUCGCAUGGUACGUCAUCUAUUACUUGGCUAGAAGGGAAACUAGACAGAACGAUCGGUCCGAAGUAGCUGGUGAGGCUUGA